GAAUUCAGAGUGGAACGUAACCUAACGCAGUACGCGAGGAACCUAGAAUGCCAGUACGGCACACAGCCUCGGAGCGUUCUAAAAAUGUUUGGCCGUUCGGGGCUGAUCUGACCUGCGGGCUGCCACCCACCUAACUAAAAGCCUAUGCAAAGAAUUGUGGGGUUCAGAGAUAAAACAAGCAGAGGAAGUGUUAUGGGUGUGCCUGUGGCUUUGGUGAGAAUGGCGAGGAAGCGAGGCGGCACGACCUUCUUUGCUCUCCUCACCAUCGUAGCUUUAGGAACUUUCUUCCCUGCCUUUGGUCCUCUUCCUGCUAUCUCUCAUUUAUCCUCGACUGUCCCCAGCCUCCAAACCCAGGUUAAUGCUCGGCAGUUUGACAUAUCUAGUGACAUGUUUUGGAAGGAUGGUCAUCCAUUUCAGAUUAUUGGUGGUGACUUGCAUUAUUUUCGAGUUCUUCCUGAGUACUGGAAAGAUCGACUUUUGAGAGCAAAGGCAUUGGGCUUGAAUACCAUCCAAACUUAUGUACCUUGGAAUCUGCAUGAACCACAACCUGGAGAAUGGAUAUUUGAGGGUAUUGCCGACAUAGAAUCCUUUCUCAAGCUUUGUCAGGAGUUAGGGUUCCUUGUUAUGCUUCGUGCUGGGCCUUAUAUAUGUGGAGAGUGGGAUUUUGGAGGUUUUCCCGCUUGGUUGCUUGCUGUAGAACCUGCUCUCAGACUGAGAUCAUCAGAUCCUGCUUUCCUCCAAUUGGGUUGAAGGAGUUUAUUUCAGGAGGGAUCCUACAGGGCAACAUUGGUUGUCUUCCAAUGGCUUCCAGUUGUCCUUUUAGCAUGUCAAAACAUGACAGGAAGUUGAAGAUGUCCCACAAUU